AUGACCACCCCCGAUGCCGCAUACUAUCACGCAGCAGCACUUGCAGCAGCUGAACAACAGGCAGCCCUGACUCAACUCGCCGCCGCGGCCCCUGGCGCAAACCCAGGCAUUGUGGGCAAUGGCCAAUCAAAGGGGCCCGAUGGAAGCAAUUUGUUCAUCUACCAUUUGCCGCAAGAGUUCACCGACGCCGAUCUUGUGACGACGUUCAGCCCAUUCGGGACCAUCAUCUCCGCCAAGGUGUUCAUCGACAAACAGACGAAUUUGAGCAAAUGUUUCGGUUUUGUCUCGUUUGACAACCACCUCUCCGCUGCUAACGCGAUUUCUGCGAUGAACGGCUUCCAGAUUGGCAGCAAGCGGUUGAAGGUUCAACUGAAAAACGCGAAAUCAAAGCCUUAUCCGAUGGGUCCCGGCGGGAAUGGUGUUGGCGUCAGCACA